CAUAUAGAAUAUAUAUAUAUAUAUAUAGUAUAGGCAGGUAGGUGAAUAGGUGAAAAAUUCUAAGAGAAUAUAUAUGGGAGUGUUUGGCAACCCUAUCACCGAUGAAACCUUGGAGGGACUGCCUCGAUACGAAGGAAAAAAAACUAUACUAGCCAUAGACAGAGCUCGUGUGGCUCUGAAUUGGAAAAAUGCAGAGGGAAAAGAUGUGAGAGCUCUCCAGUACGCGGAGAAUUUCAAGGCAACAUGUGGUGUUGAGACUGCAACACUUUGCCUUGUUUACAAUGCUACCGGGGACACUGUAGAAUAUGCUGGCCACAAAGACUGGCACGGCUGCCUUGGGUCUGCUCCGUACCCGAUCAUGAUCGAAAAUGGACAAUGGGGUGUCUUUCUCCACCGCCAAAGUGGUAAAUCGGGUUCCGGCUCUAUUGGGGCUGUUGUGUACCGUGGCACCAACGCAAAAAAUGAGUCUUGUGAUUGGAUGCUGGCAUGGAACAACCCUAAGGAUAAAGACAAUUAUGGCAACCAUGCAUGUACUGAAAUCCGUGAAGAAAACCACUUUAAUAAUGAUGGUACUUGGAAGAUAGUACAUGAUUUAUUGUGGAAGUCUAGUGUUGAACGCAAAGGCGAGUCGAAUGGAUGCUUGUCAUUUGUGACAAUUGGGAAUGACGACUACAGCAUAUUCAGGGCAAUACUCACGCUCAAAAAUGCAAAUAAGAGCACUCGCUAGCUGGUACCACUGCAAUUAAUUGAUAUAUAAUAUAUAUGUAUAAAUAUGGAAUUAGAAGCUCUAUAAUCUUCUUAGCAAAAGGUAAAUAAAUUGAUAAAGCAGCUCUAUAAUCUAUAUUAUGAAGCCCCUGCAAUAAAGUAAUAGCAGCAUGUUUGUCGUAUGUGAUGUAAGGAAUAAUGACAUUAUCAUAUGUCAAAUGUUAAAUGUCUUCCUUUGUCCCAAAAAAAAAUAAUAAUAAUAAAAGGUAGCAUGCAUAAUAUAUAAUUCCUUUAAUGAAAAUAUAUAUUAUAGUAUUUAAUA